CAGAGAGAGGUAUGUGCAAAUGCUUGACCAGAUUGCCCGGCAGAUGAUUGAUUUCUACAAAGACUUGGUAACUCAGCGAGUGAUGGACCAGCGCAUUUUAGAAGAAUUGUAUAAUUUCAAGCAUGUUAUUGAAGAACUGACCAGGGAACUGUGUCUAGUUCAGGCACAUGAUGUAAAAUUAACAAAGGAAACAGAAAAGGCCCACAAGGAUUUGGCACAAGCUCUUUUAGAUGCUGAAAAGAAUGCCCGAAUGGUAGAAGAAUAUCAUGAUUUAUACACAUUACAAAGAGAAAGGAUGGAGAAUGAUAUGAAACAGUUAAUGGCAGAAAGAGAUAUCUGGAGCUCAGCUACAUAUGAAUUGGCCCUAAAGGUAAUUGAAAGAAAUAGAGUCAUAUUGGCUAAAAGACUUUACCUUAAUGAAAAAGGCUGGAAUAAAUACACCAAGCAUUUCAUCAUACAGCUGUCAAACAAGGACACUGAAGACCUGGCACUGUUGCAGAAGUUGACACAGAAAUGGAGAAACUUAGUGAAUAAAUUUAAACAAGAGGUAGAACAAAUGGAAGAGUCUACAAUGGGGACUUUGAAAAUGGUUAAGGAUGGGCUGAUCAAAUGGCAGGAGUUCUUCAAUGAAAAAGACAUUUUAUCCCCUGAUAAGGGAAAUAUGUUUGAUUCAGUUCUUCUAGACUUCAAGCAAUGGCAUAAGAUCCUGAAUGAGAAAAGAGAAGAGUUUACUGGGGAUAUUCUACUAUCAAAGUACGAUACUCUCAAGAUUAUUAAACAUUUACAGGAAAACUGGGCAGAUAUUGGGCUUGGGAUAUUUAAUCGCCACAAAAGUUUGGAGGGGGAGAUGCCAUCAGAGCAACAGUAUAUGGAGGAAAUUAUCAAAAACACACGAAGUCUCUACAAAGAAUAUGAAAUAAGAAUAAAUGGGGACAAUGGUAUCUCCAAAAUUCUUCCAAAUUUGAUUAGUUCUCUUGACUUCUGUUCUUUCAAAUUGGAAAACCUGGAGUUUCCUGAUACACCUCUUGAAGAAUGGCAGGAAAUAAAAGAAAAAAUUAAUGAAAUGAAAUCACAGUUGGAUAUAUUGUUAAGCACUACUGGUAUAGACAAGGAUUCUGGUUUGUAAGUUCCCAUAGCUUUCUUUUGUUUUGAGAGAAUUUUCCUAAAGCUUUAUUGCAUUAUAAUUUGUAUACCAUAUAAUUCACUUUUUCAAAGUAUACAAUUCUGUGGUGUUCAAUAUAUUUAUAGGUAUAGGUAACCAUCACCAGUCAAUUUUAGAACAUUUCAUCACCUCAAAAAGAAGCCUUAUGCAUUUUAGCUAUCAUUCUGCAAUCCUCCAUCCUCUCCCACCAUCCUAUCCACAUCCCUGAGUAACCACAAAUCUACUUUGUCUUUGGUGAUUGUACUGUU